CAGCCAGUUUCUAACAAAAGGCAGCAUUUAAAGAAGCAGCAGAUUCUUUGAACCCACUACCAGGAAAUUACAACCAGUUUCUAGCAAAAGGGAGGAUUUAAAAAAGAAACUUUUAAAAUCAAGAUCAUAAGUAUGGGAAAAUCAGCUUCCAAGCAAUUUUCAGGAGAAGUCUUAAGAGCCCACAAUGACUACAGGAAGAAGCACGAUGUUCCUUCACUAAAACUCUGUAAAAAAUUAAAUAGAGAAGCACAGCAGUAUUCAGAAGCACUUGCUGGCACAAGAAUCCUCAAACACAGUCCUGAAUCUAUCAGUGGAAAAUGUGGAGAAAAUCUAGCAUGGGCUUCAUACAAUCAAUCAGGAAAUGAAGUAGCUGACAGAUGGUAUAGUGAAAUCAAGAAUUAUAAUUUCCAAAGCCCUGGUUUUUCGUCUGGGACCGGUCAUUUUACAGCAAUGGUUUGGAAGAACACAAAAAAGAUGGGAGUUGGAAAAGCAGUUGCAAGUGAUGGCUCCACAUUUGUAGUGGCUAGAUAUGAACCUGCUGGCAACAUUGUAAAUUCUGGGCAAUAUGAACAAAAUGUUUUUCCACCAAAAAAAUAAUGGAAAGGAGCCUAUUUGGAAAGGAGGCUAUGUUUAACAGGUUAUAAAAAGGAAACUGGGAGUUCAUCUGAUUACAUUGGAUAAACCACUGUUGAAUGGUACUUCAGUCUUUUAAUGAUUGUUUCAAGAAAUGUUUAAUGGAGAAGCAGUUCUGUCUACAAAAUUAAUUCUUGUAUGGAACCAUUACUGAAACAUAAAGACAAUGACACAAGCCAACGUAUGGAACAUAUAUAUCAAGAAAUGUAAGAGCAAAAUAUAUCGAAAUAACACAAUUAAAAAUAUAAUAUUUUGAUAUUAAAGUUUGUAAAUAUAUUUUAGAGGGUUUAUAUAAUUUCAUAUUUGUACAUAAUUCUCUAAAAUAUAUUUGCAAACUUUAAUAUCAAAAUAUUGUAAUUUUAAUACUGUUAUUUCAAUAUAUUAUAUUUUCAAGGAUUUCUAAAAAAAUCAGUAAAGACUGAUUUUAAUGGCUUACAAAUGCUAUUCAUCACCAUAGGAAUUGAUUGUGUUGCAACAGUUUUAAAUAUGCUAAACUGAAUGUAAAUGAAAAAUAGCAUAUGUCCUAACAUAAAUUGUAUGAAAUGAUUUAUCUGGUGCUUCCACCUAGUGUUUAUGGAUAAGCAUGGACUGGUGUAGUAAGGUUGUAGGAAUUCUGAAAAUAUAGCUAUUUCCACAGAGCACAAAACUUAUUUAUCCCUUGGACUCUCUUCUGAUUUCUUUUUGCUAUUAUAUAAAAUGCAAAGACAGAAUAAACAAAUAGUUUCAUUUCUCAGUCUGGAAGUUUACUUAAACUUACAGAAUUACCAUUCAGUAAGCAUUUCACCUUCUGCUUAUAUUGCAAAGACUUUGUGUCAGUGCAAUAUAUGGAGAAUGAGGGACUCCUAUUAGGAACAGCUGACAUGAUUGGAGAAUCAGUUAGUACAGUCUGCACCAACUGAAUGAUACAGUUGUUGGGGAAGUGCUCCAUUGCCACAAUAGUCAUGUAUUUUGCUUAGAAGUCACACUUUUGAAAUAAAUUUUUAAAAAGACUUUAAAAGGUGGAAAAAUUUAAACUCUCCUGGUUAGGAUUAACAGAGACUCUUAAAAUGAAUAUAUUACCCAAGACAAUUUUUAAAAUUUGAAAUGGAGCCAAUUUUAUUCCCAUAUAAAACUUUGCAAGAAUGGCAAAAAACAUUCAACAGAUUUAUACUGAAUGAGAGAAAAUCUAGAAUAAAAUUUAAGAUUUUACAAGAUGGACCCAGUUGGUAAAAGAAAGCUCAAGACCUUAUUGGUUGGAAACGUGAAAGAGGCCUUCAACCUGCAGUGGUUAGACAAUGGCUAAAAUGAUGAUGAUGAUGAGGAGGAGGAGGAGGAGGAAGAGGAGGAGGCGGAGGAUAUUCUUCUAUUCAAUCUUUUCUGGUUCUUGGAGAUUGCCUGAACAAGACAGCAUUUUUUUUGACAAGGUUUUUCAGACAUAGUUUGCCAUAGCUUUCUUCUUAGGACUGAGAAAAAGUGACUGGUCCAGAAGCCUAACUGGCAUGGGUCUAGGCUAUUUGAGGAGUGAUCUCACUCCAAUAAGACUAGCCUGCCUCAUUCACUCCAGUGGAAGGAUCCUGCUGUGGACCCUGUCAGCCAAGAAAUUCCAGCUAGUAAUGUCAAAGAAAAGAGCCUUUUCCCCUUCCCUUUGUUACACUAAAGAGCCCCAGUUCUGUGGAUCAUUCUACAAUCAGAAGUGAAAACUGUUCCAACUCUUCAAACCUUCCAGAAGAGUAUCAAAACCUGGUUUAGCUAGCUGCCUUAGGAGGUAACUGCUGGAAGUGAUUGACAGAGUAAGAAGAAAUCUUAUCCUAAUAUCGUUUGUCUCCUUGGUUCUAGUUUUUAUAUAGUGUUUCAAAAAUUUAAUUGUUUCUAUACUUUUUUAUUUUCUGUAACUCACCUUAUCAUUGAGAAGGGAAAGGUAAAAAUUUAAUAAACAAACAAACAAACAAACAGUCAUCCAGCUGACUUUGUACCCAAGACCAGACUGGAACUCAUCUUCUGGUUUCUAGCCUAAUGCCUUAAUUACUACACCAAACUGGCUGUCUAAACUUUAUUAUUGUGUAAUAUAGUAUAAUAUAGUAUGCAUAUUAUCUACCAUAGAUAACAGAAUUGAGAAAAUGACCAAAUAGACUAUCAGUUUCUCUCAGACCUAAGCCCAAAGACAACACAGUGAAAUCCAAUCAAGUUGACAGCCCCAAUUUCUAGGUUUAGAGAUUAGGGGAUAGCCCUUUCAUAAUCUCAAGUGAUUUCCCAAGCACCAACUCAUAAGGAGAGAUCUCUAUAUCUUUCUUAGGUCUAGGAAAGGGGAACAAGGCUACGGUUGGAUUUGGGGCCUUGAUAAAUGCUUCUUUUGACAAAGUUUAUCUAAUAGGGUUUUUAGCAUCCUGUUAGCUCAUUGUUCUCUCCCUGAAGACUGCAGGUUGUAAGGGGUCUGUAAGAAUGGAGAAAAGACUGGACUUGAAAAGAAGAGAAGAUUUUGUGGGAAUUUUACUUGGAUGCAAAAUUUUAUUCUGAUGAGUUCAGGAGAAUGAUAUGACUGUCAGCAUUCUUUGUUAGAGAAAGAAGAGCCUUUCCCUUUCUUACACCAAAGAGAGAGGUGACAAAUCAUAUCAACUCAGUAUUUACUAUUUCUUCUUUUGCUUUAUAUCAACUGCAAAUUUAUGUCUAUAAAUGUUUUCUUUUUAAUUUUUCAAUAUAACUGCAAAGGUUUUUUUAACAUUAAGAGCUGCAUACUUUUAAUAUUAUACUUUAUGAAAUUAAUUGAAUGCAAUCUGUGUGCAAAGUUUUUUUUCCCCAACCGUAAGUUUUGUAUAUUUAUAAGGAUUAUAAUCACUAUGAACUGAAUGUAUAUGAAUGAACUGAAUAUGAAUUUCUAUGUAUGAUCUGAAUAAACUGAAUGAUCAUUUAUAGACCCUUUGGCUACUGCAAGGCAAAGUUUUGUUUAUGCUAAAGAACCUCUAAUUGUUGCAAGGAAGGCUUUGUUUCCACUAACCACAAAGCAAAAUUGCAAAUUUAAGUAAGCCAGUAAAGUUAUGAGAGCAGUAAAACUGUGAUUUAUGAGGAUUGUAGAUCUGUGUUCUAAGCUGGCAAUAAGAUACCACAGUUUCUAUUUUUCUGCAAUUAUUACUCUAACCUAGCAAUAAGAUACUGAGUUUCUAUUUCUCUACAAUUAUGAUUCUAUCGUGUGGAUUAAAAACUAAUAAAGAUUGCAAUAUUGUUAAA